AUGUUAACUGUUUUUGAAAAAGACAAACCAAGCUUAUUAUGUAAUAUAGUUUCCAGCUUGUUAUCUAACGGUUCUGACCUUUUGGUGACCGGGACUGUAAAUGAUCCCAUUUACAUCCAACUCGUCUCCGCUGAUCACACUUCCAAUACCGAUACGGAUGAUACACAUCGGGAUAAAGAUUAUACAAAUAACACAAAUGAAACAUUCAAUGGUGGUCAUAUGAAUGGUGUAACCCCUAAGGUGAACAAUGGCAUCGAGUCUAUUCACAGAAUUAAAAACCAGGGAGACGACUACUACAGGCACAAAUUCCUGCUUAGACUGAGGAAAAAACAGUUUUACAACAAUUUUGACCUGGGAUUUUACCUUUUGGUUAAGUUUGGUGGACCUAAUACGACGAUGGGCAUCUCAAUUCUAAAUGAUGAUGAACUGCUGGAAUGCUCCCAGAUAUCCAAGUUCGAGACAUACAGAGAUGUAGAAAAAUGGUAUUUACAACAGUAUAAUUAUUUGCUGAGUCAGUAUCUGAAGGCUCGAUCCCGCAAAGGCCUGCAAACCAGCCAGGUUAACGCAUACGAAAAGUUAGCGAAGCUGAUACCAUGUAAAAAUUGGUUCGACAGGGAAAAAUUGCAUAAAAAACUAGUGGAGCAGAGGCACUGGAACCCAUUUUCAAUCUUCGGCUCAUCUAUACCAUACGUCAGCAUCAAUCAGGUUUUCAAUAUAGAAUCCAGCGACAGAUACGUAGUAGGAAUGAUAAAGGACGGAGUUCUUAGAAGAAUUGAGAAUAACAUGGGAAUUUCAAGCACGAAUGGAGGAACAAGAUACGAUGAAUACGAAAUCGGCAAUGAGCCGAAGUAUUAUAAUCCAUUCUAUGAAGAAUAUUCACCAAAUACCAUAAUGAUGAAGUACUUGCGCAGGAAAUGGAUCAAAGAAUCCAAAAAGACGACAAACUGGAACUACGACCCACUGCUGAACGUGGAGGCGCUCUGGUACAUCAACAGCACUGGGAGGUACCUGGAUAUGUCCAAGGAGGUUUGCGUCCUGCAAAAAUGCUACUGCACAACUCCGGACCCGUCUGUGCGCUUCAACUGGAAUGAUCCGAGGAAUCGCAGAGACAGCCCGAGGGGGUCGAUGGGAUUUAUGCUGGACUACAACGACUACAAGAGGGCCAGAAGCAGGUACAUUGAGCUGGACGACAUGCGAAAUGCUAAAGUCUGCAAGAAGGCGAAUCGCAGGGGCGGCAAAGGCCAAGACAGCGGUGAUGUGGAGGAAGAAAUUAAGCUGGCCUACUACUCAAACUACUUCAAACACAACACCCUAAGGUAG